CAAACGCUGAACCCAUCCAACUCAACCAUCAUGGCGAAUCUCUUCGUCAAACUCCCUCCGGAGGUCAUCUCGUACAUUGGGGCCUAUGCUGAUGCGGCUUCUCUUGGGAUGCUGCGCCUUAGCUCAAGCACAACGAGAGACGCCUUCACGCCGCAUUUCGUCCGCCACCACAUCAAAGACAGCCAGUUUGUAGACCUCACCAAAGAAGGUCUCGACCGGCUGCGCGUCCUCUCGUUAAGUCCCGACCUCGGUCCCCAAAUCCGCCAUCUGCACCUUAUAUGCAUCUACUACCACGAGACGCCUGCCGACCCGGACCGUGAUAGAACCUUCCCCGAUGCUCUGAUCUUCCCGCGCCGCGAACAGUGGCUGCUAUACCCGCUGAGACUGCUGGAUGCCCCGGAAGACCGCAAGUGGAUGGACCAUCGCCAGGCCGAACAGCUUGCCCUCACCGGCGCUGCCAUGUGCGUGCAGUUGAGCGACGCGUUCCGUGCCUUCGGCGCCCUCGACGACAUCACACUCGAGGCCGCCGUGGUACUGGGAAGACAGCCUGAGUACCGCUGGCCGCCGCACAAGGUUGAGUACCUCGCCUGGAGGCGCCUCUGGGCUCGUGCUAUCCAGGCUUACCGCGUCGUCAUGUCCGCCGUGGCGCGAUCCCAGAUCCGCCUUGGCACUCUGGCGAUCUACAAGGAAACCAAGAUUUGCAGCGUCCCGUACAACGAGUCUGUAGCUGUGGUCCCCAGGAUCGCGCAGGAAGGCUUCGCAGCUGUCGGCUCACGCCUCAACGACUUCUCAAUUAGUCUUGCAACGACGGUAACGCCUGUGGUGCCGAUAAAUGACGACGACUUCUACGAGCCCUUCGAAAUUUCCGGCGGCCAGAACCUGUCGGAUAAUGGCUCGGAGCCGGAAAACAACCCGGAGUUUCAAGAUAUCGCGCGGCUUUUUCAGUUGAUGCCUAACCUCAAGUCAUUGAAUAUGCACCUCUACCAAACGUCCAGAGACGCCAAGUCAUUCUUCAGCUCUUAUUCGCCCCUCCUCUCCGCAUUGUUUCACUCCACAACGCUUCUGCAUCUCCGUUCGCUUGACUUUCGAGGGUUUCCAAUUCAGACGACUCUUAUGAACGACGUACUCUCGAAAUCUCCCGGCAUUCAGACCAUACGCUUGCAGUACGUGUGUUUUGAUGCAAGCGAGUGGAGGCAAGCACUUUCUCCAUUGGCCAGUGCAAAUUCGGCCGUUCGCAGUCUACAUCUCUCAGAUAUCUGGUCUUUUAAUCCCCAAGAAGGUUAUGGGACAGAUGUCGAUUGGGGUGUUGCUGUCAAUUUGGUGGCUGCCAAUCCAGAGCGCAUUCACCUUGCCAUACCUGGAGAACCGAAAACUGGGGAGCUAGGGCUUUGGAUUGAGCUCCCACCCGAGUCCGGCUCGGCGUUGAGCGGCGGAAUGGCCUCAUAUCGGGACUGGGUUGAGGUUGCAAACCGCAUUCUAGAGUGCGGCUCGCCUUCAAACUAUGGGUAGCGUAUAUAUCCAUAUAUUAUUGUGACGUCAAACUGAAGAUAUUAGUCUGGUGUCUUUACUCUUUUUAUUGUAAGACCUAAGUUAGUCUUUAGAGUUCUAGUUAGGGUUAGAAAUAAAAAC